CCCCCCCCCCCCUCCCCGCCCCUCCCCAGCUCAGUAUGCUUGUGUGAACUCGCUCUCUUAGUGGCUCACUCUUCUGUGACUCCUUAGGUUUUUCGUUCCUCCGGUCUCUUCCUCCUCUCUUUCCUCUUUGCAUUUCUCUGUGUCUCUCUCCUCUCGCUGCUUCUCCUCCCGCUCUUCCUCCGGUGGUCCUCCCACUCUUCUUCUUCCUUCUUGCUGGACACAGUCACUGCCUCCGCUUUCCGCUUUCCGCUCGUGUUUUCUUCGGCUUUUGUGGUUGUCUUAUCGUGAUUUUCUCGAUAGUCGUCCGUAGUCGCCUCUCCCUCUGCCAAAUUUGUUGCGAGUGUUCUGAGCCUUUGAAGCCAGAGGUCUCGAGUGCUUCUCUGCUUCUCCGUGUGUUGUUUGCGUUGAAGCAACGGCAGCAGCAGCUGCAGCUUGCGAAUUUGUGAAGGUGUUGUUUCCAGUACCGAAUCCGAGAAGUUCGAGAGCGGCGCUAUUGCACGCCGGGCCGGAACCAGUUUCGGCAGCAGAGAUCGCGGUCGUGAUCAGAGGUUGCAUCAGGAAGCGUGGGGUGAAUUUCGGAAGGCUUCAUGAUUUGCAGUGGAGUUUGGUCGAAUAGUCUCGUAUCUCUGGACAUGCAGCAGCAGACUCGUCCGUCCGGUUCUACGGAGGUUCGUGGUUGAUCGCUAGAGGGUAUUGCGGUCCGAGGUUCUUCUGAGGAAGUUAAAGCAGGCGUCUUUGACAGGCACCCUGGAGGCGAGUAGUAGCAGUGGCAGGGAGGUGAAGGGCGACGGUUAACACCGGAUUGAGUCGAGCGCGUCGGGGUUCUCAUCGCUACUGAGGCAGAAGAGGUCUUGUCUUGAGGAAAUCCUCAGGAGACAUUAGCUCUCUGAGGAAGCCGAUCUGGUCGAACGAUUCUCACGUGUUCAGAACGAGCUUUCUGGUUUCUCUUACGUCUAAGCUUGUAAAGUAGUCGGCAAUUUCUCUGGAGAUCGCUCUCGAGGAACGAUCGCAGGCGCAGGGCCGAGGAUUCGAUUCCGGAUCCACCAGGCAGAGAAGUUACAGCAGCUGAUCGUCGACACAUGCAGUAGCGGAGGAUUCUGUGAGCAGGAGGAGGCGGACGAGGAACCUGCCGGGAGAAGCAGAGGUAGUGCAAGCGAAGUUUGUGAGUUAGAGAGGGAGGAAAAGGGGAAGGGAAAGAGUCUCGUGCCCAGAGAGGCAGGAACUUCUAGCUAGUGAACAGAGUAUGCCGAAGCCUUGUGAUGCAUGUCAGUCAUCGAGCGCAGUCGUCUACUGCCGGGCCGACGCCGCCUUCCUGUGCGCAGGGUGUGACACCAAAGUCCAUGGCGCCAACAAGCUGGCGCAACGCCACGAGCGAGUCUGGGUGUGCGAGGUGUGCGAGGUCGCGCCAGCCGUGGUGACGUGCAAGGCGGACGCCGCCGCGCUCUGCGUCGCGUGCGACACCGAUAUCCACUCGGCCAACCCGUUGGCCCGGCGCCAUGAGCGGACGCCCGUCACUCCCUUCUACGAGUGCCCGGGCCAGUCCAUCAAGGUGGCGCACAUUAGCGCGCUGGUCGCGCCCCAGGGCGGGCAGGGCCGCGACGACGACGCGGACCUCGACGCCGACGAGCACUCAGUCGCGGAGGAGGCCGCGUCGUGGCUGCUGCCCAACCCCAAGCCGCUGACGGAGAACAACAUCCUCGGCGACGACAAGGGCUCCAUGGGCCAGGGCGAGAUGGGGUCGCUGGUGAACGACGACGGGGACGACGACGAUCUCGAGCCUUCAUCGUUCCUCGUGCCCAGCGGCGGCUUCAGCCCGAAUUCCACCCUCUCGCACAAGAGCGACGGCAUGAGCAUGAAGCACCACAAGUCCAAAGUGGAAGCCAAUGCCGGCGACCUGUUCUCCGACGUCGAUCCUUACCUGGAUCUCGACUACGCCACCGUGGUCGGGGCCAAUCCCAACCUGGGCGCAGACAGUCUCGUGCCAGUACACAGCGACCACCCCGCGCACUCGUCGCCCUCCAUGUCCACCGGAUCGGGCUCCUUCGAGGGCGAGGCCGUGUGCAAGGCCGGCUAUGGCUACGAAUCGUCGCUGACUCACAGCAUGUCGUCGUCGUCGCUGGACGUGGGGAUCGUGCCGGACACGAACGCGCUGAGCGACAUCUCGACGCCGUACGACGGGAGCCAGGGGCACGGGUUCGAGUUCCCGCCGCGAAUGCUGCACAUGGCGCAGGUGGAGCCGCCGAUGGCGCGCGAGGCGCGAGUGAUGCGCUACAAGGAGAAGCGGAAGAACCGCAAGUUCGAGAAGACCAUCCGGUACGCGUCGCGCAAGGCGUACGCGGAGUCGCGGCCCCGGAUCAAGGGCCGGUUCGCCAAGCGCAACCCGACGGACAUGAGCCUGCAGGACAUGUACCCGAACGUCCCGGACUCGGGCUUCGGCGUCGUGCCAGCCUUCUGAGCGCGCGCCGCGCCGCGCGCGCGAGGCGAGACGUCCGGCUUGCAAUCAAGCUAGACCUUGUGACUUGGUUGUAGUCAUUCCACCCGUGAAACUUGUUGCCGAGCCAUACGGACUACCAACCAAGAGACUAGUGCAGAGACAAGACUGUGAGAGGUUCGGACGGUCUUGUUCUGAAAGGUGUAUCGAGAGGAGCAUGUGUCAGUCAGCCCAUUUUCUCGUCUCAAAGUGGCAGUCGCGUCCAGAGCAAAGGCUCUGUCGCGGCCGAGGUGUCUUCAUAGUACUAAGGAGAGAAUGUGUGAUUACGUUCCUACUGGACCCAGCCGGCCGGGUUGUCCACUCAUCUUCUGCUCGGAAGAGUGUCGUGGGGGGCCCUGCGGGGCUCGAUGAUGAUGGAAGGAAGUAUGCCACACACACGCGAAGAGUACUAGCUGGCAGGGAAGGGAGUGCACGGCGGGAGGGAGGGCGAGGCCGGGCCCCGAGCGACUUCGGCUCUGCCCUGCUCCUGUCUCCCGACGUUGCACGAAUUGUGGAUAUUGCCGGGUUUUCUUCCCAUCCAAAAGGACGGGUUGCAUGCAGCAGGAGGUUCUGGUGUACAUGUGGAUUGUUCUACUCCCUGGUUGAAGUGGAGUGGUUGUAAGUGCUUUUUAUGAGGAAUUCGAUUAUGUACCGGUGAAGAUUUUGGUAAGAAGAAGAAGAUGACAUGUUCCGCUGUCAAUAUCUCUCUGAGGUGCCCGGGGUGAGAGGAGAGGCGAGGAGAGGAGAGGACAGCUGACGAGAGGGAGAGGGGUGUGGGGAGAGGGGGAGAGAGAGGGAGAGGGAAAGCAGGGGAUGAUAUAGUGUGCUACAUCGCUGUGGACUAGGUUGUUUGCGACUAGAUUUUUUGUCAUCCAGGUGUUUGGAAGUUGGUUCAUUUGCAGUCUCUGUUCAACCUUCUGCAACGGACGAACACCUGGCAUGAUUCUGUACUUCAUAAAUAACCCACGAAAGAGCUCCAAGCGUUGGAACAGAAACUUAGUAGAUAGCACAGCUUAGUUCUAUUCUUGUGGUAACAUCGUUUACAUGAUGUAUUGCAGUCCGAAGCAGCUCAGCCCAGGUGGCCCAAUGGCCAGACCCAAUACAAUACUCUGGUGGCGGCCUAAGGCCAGACCAAUCAAUACUCUCUGGCUUGUAGUGGAUUGUAAGAAGGUGUGAUCCGCCUGUAGUUAUGCGUUAAGGAUACAACUCCUUCGCCACAAGACCUCAUUUGACGACAAUUCAAAGAUCCAGUGUUUUUAACCGCCACGGUUGUGGUUCAAUUUUGUACUCCUGGUCGAUGCUUUCUGAAUGUACAGUUGGUUUCCCGAUAAACCGUCGAGUUUUCUCGCUCUCGUGUCAUCAUCCGAGCCUUCUACUCUCUGUCCUGGUGUCGUUCACGUCUCUUUCUCGAGUCGCCUCGUUCGGAAUUGAGUCUCCAAUUCUCCAGUUUGGAUUUUGGAGUCCAGCAAGUAUUUAAUUCUGGACUCCCGCCGGAUGGCAUGCCGAGAUGGCAGCAUUUCAAUGUGUCAGGAAUGUCUGAGCAAUCUCCGUGCGGCUUGUGCAUCGCCGUCAUGCUCGAAGCGUGAACCGUGAUACCGUCGACCGGCCUCCGGUAGAGAAGCGCACCAGCCGGAGCCGCCGAGAAGGUGGAGGAUGUUAUAAUUCUGACCGGUCACCGAGCGGGACGUACCGUGCCCAGAGGUGACCAACGACGAGAGGAC